UUUAAAGUAUUUAUUAACUGCUUGGAUCUUAGCACUUCUUACUGUGUUUCUCCAGUAUGCGCUGCUACAGUAACACACCUGCUACUCUGAAAUUGGUCAACAGAAACCUUUUGGAUUGGCAGUUCCUGUUAGCUCACUGGACACUGUGAUUGGCCGAUUUAAUGGGGCUGGAGGGCACAGCCCACUUUUCCUCUUCCACCAUACUUCUCUCAUUGGAUUGAUCAGCUGUCAGGUUGAACCUAAACCUGCCCCUUUCUGGAAAUGUUUGUCUGGAUCGCAACACAAUAGCCAGGGAGAUCCUCCCCUUGUAAGCUCCAAUUGGCUGAACUCAAUUUUAGUGGUUUCUGAUUGGUCUUAUGAAGAAACACCAAGGUAGGUUGCCUAGUGAUCCUAAGGAAGCUGAUGUGUUAUUCCCUCUUGCAAUCUAAGGAUCAGGAAGUUUGGCUGUUCGUGGCUGAGAAGUUUUUCACCUAGUAGGACAGGGGUGGGGUGGAGGGAACAGGUGUCCUCCUAAAAUAGAGCGCGAGCUGCAGCCUGCCUCCAGCCGUAACCCAGGAGUAAUCUCAGAAACAGGUGAGAAUGACCACAUUAACUCACCGGACCCGUCGCACUGAAGUAAGCAAGAAUUCUGAAAAGAAGAUAGAAAGUGAGGAAGACACUAAUCAAGAGAAGAGUCUAGAGAAUGAGGAUUCUGGAGACUCUAAGGACAUCCGCCUCACUCUUAUGGAGGAAGUAUUGCUCCUGGGACUAAAAGAUAAAGAGGGUUACACAUCUUUCUGGAAUGACUGCAUAUCAUCUGGCCUGCGAGGGGGCAUCCUAAUAGAACUGGCCAUGCGGGGUCGAAUCUAUCUAGAACCCCCCACCCUACGCAAGAAGCGCCUGCUAGACAGAAAGGUACUGCUGAAGUCAGAUAGCCCAACAGGUGAUGUUUUACUGGAUGAAACUCUCAAACACAUCAAAGCCACUGAACCCACAGAAACUGUUCAAACAUGGAUAGAACUACUCACUGGUGAGACAUGGAACCCCUUCAAAUUACAGUAUCAGCUCAGAAACGUACGAGAGCGAAUUGCAAAGAACCUAGUAGAGAAGGGUAUUCUGACCACGGAGAAGCAGAAUUUCCUGCUGUUUGACAUGACGACUCAUCCAGUGACCAAUGGGACAGAGAAGCAGCGACUGGUGAAAAAACUUCAGGAUAGUGUUCUAGAGCGGUGGGUAAAUGACCCCCAGCGUAUGGACAGGCGAACACUGGCACUCCUGGUGCUGGCCCACUCUUCGGAUGUCCUGGAGAAUGUCUUCUCCUCUCUGACAGAUGACAAGGAUCGAACGGGCCCUUGCGCUUGGGAGGCAGGCAGCAGACCCAUUGAGCCAAACCUCUGGCCCUACAGCAUAUUGAUUGAUAUAAAAUCUAGUACUAUGGAAAGUGAAGAGGAAGCAUUUCGUUGCACUAACGUCAGACAUUUGUCAUAUUUUCAUGCCUGUUGACCAUUACAGAGAAACAAGCUGUCAAAGGGCUACAGAUGACUCAGACCUGAUAUCAAAUCCUCCAGAUCAGAAAAAAUCAAAUGAUUAUAAUUUUACAUCCUCCCCCAAACCUACAUAGCUCCACAAAAAUUCCCCAACUCAACUUACUUUUGUUUUCACUUCAGAUUUUCCAAAGGUGAAUAGAAGCAGGACAUGGUGGCACACGCCUGUAAUCCCAGCAACUCAGAAGGCUGAGGCAGGAGGAUUGCUGAAAGUUCAAGAAAGGGGCGGCAUCAACGUCAUGAGCGAGGGCCGCCAUUUUGACUGAGCAACCAUAGUGACAGGAGCCGAAGCAGCAGCUCAGGUUGUCCCCGUUCCCCCUCCCCUUCCCGUCUCCGGUUGACUUCCCGGGCCCCCUACACUCCAUAGUCCCGGUCCCGCCAUGUCCCAGAAGCAAGAAGACGAGAACCCUGCGGAGGAGACCGGCGAGGAGAAGCAGG